UCCAGAGGGAGGUGGGGGCGGUCGGACCAGCCCUGGCGGGGCCUCCUCCGACUCCUCUCAGAGCGGAGGUGGAGGAACCAGAGGAGACGGCGCUAAACGUUACUCCCCGCCACUUUACACACCAGCUCUGCGCUGCCACUUCAAAGACGAGGGUGGUGACGGGGCAGAAGAGGGCUCAACUGGAAAUGGAGCAGGGCGAUGCAAGUACGCCCUGAGCACGCUACCCAAGAGGCUGUGUUUAGUAUGUGGGGAUGUGGCCUCCGGUUAUCACUAUGGUGUGGCGUCAUGUGAGGCCUGCAAAGCAUUCUUCAAGAGAACCAUCCAAGGUAACAUUGAAUACAGCUGUCCAGCGUCAAACGAGUGUGAGAUCACCAAAAGGCGCAGAAAGGCUUGUCAGGCAUGCCGCUUCACAAAGUGCCUCAAAGUAGGCAUGCUGAAAGAGGGAGUUCGUCUUGACAGGGUCAGAGGUGGACGGCAGAAGUACAAAAGACGCCCAGAAGUGGAGAAUGCAACAUACCAGAGUGCUCCUCUACCACUGACAAAGGAGAGUGAAAAAGGUUCCUCCAACAUCAUUGUGUCCCACCUUCUAGUGGCAGAGCCAGAAAAGUUAUUUGCCAUGCCUGACCCUCUGCAGCCCGACACAGCCCAGCGCACGCUCACCACCCUUUGUGACCUUGCUGACCGUGAGCUCGUCGUCAUCAUCGGCUGGGCCAAACACAUUCCUGGCUUCCUGUCACUGUCCCUAGCAGACCAGAUGUCUGUGCUACAGUCAGUGUGGCUGGAGGUGCUGGUGCUGGGUGUAGCGUACCGCUCGCUUGGCUGUGAGGACGAGGUGGUGUUCGCGGAGGAUUUUGUCCUUGAUGAGGAGAUGUCACGUGUUGCUGGACUGACAGAACUAAAUGGAGCAAUUAGUCAGCUUGCUCGCCGUUUCCGUGCACUAAACGUGGACCGGGAGGAAUUUGUCAUGCUAAAAGCCAUCGCACUAACUAACUCAGACUCUGUAUACAUCGAGGACAUGGAGGCUGUACAGAAGCUGCGGGACCUCCUCCACCAGGCCCUGCUGGAGCUGGAAUGUCAGCGGCACCCAGACGACCCCCAGAGGGCAGGACGCCUCCUUUUAACAUUGCCUCUCCUCCGACAGACUGCUGGUCGUGCUCUUACCACCUUCUACAGCAUUAAGACCCGUGGUGGCGUACCCAUGCACAAACUAUUCCUGGAGAUGCUGGAAGCCAUGAUGGACUCUCCCUAGAGUGGAAAGCAGCAGAAGUAAAGGGGAUGCAGAGAAAGACCCAACAGAGAUCCAGUCUUCGAGAGAGGAUGAGUGGUUUGUGAGGAAUGAAAGAUUUUAUUACAGAAUUAACAAUGAGGAAAAUGGUCCUUGUCCCCUAGGCUACAUGAAGAAAGGAAAAGAAUAUGAGAAAAGAAAACCUCAUGCAUUUGUGGUAAUCGUGGGAAUUGGAUUAUUUACAUUGAGGUGUAACUGCCAAACUCCAGUAAAAGGCUCCAAAAGUGGAAACAUUUAACUUGAAUGCCAGAAAAUUGCUCAGUUUCAACUAUUUUCAUGGUGUGUUCCAUCACAGCAUUGAUCUGCAGUUGCAUAACCACUGAAGAACAAUAUUUAGGUAUCCAAGGACAGACUGCAAUCGCGUGGCUUUUGAACUUUUUAAAAUAAUGCAACAUCUAGUCAUGAAAGCCAUAACUGCAUACUCACCGAAAGACUUGAGGGUCCAGUAUAGGGUCACAUUGACAUGCACGCUGGAGUGCUUGUAUUUACUAUAGUUUAGUGUGCCGUUGUAGGCAAAUUCAUAGGAAUUACUUGCAAUAUGUUAAAAGCAAUAUAAUGACUCGAUUAUGGUCUGUUCCAUUUAAAAUAUGGAUAAAAUGGUGAGACAUCUAGUUGUGUGUGUAUACCAGUAGUUCUCAUUCUCAGGACCCUAAGUGUUGAUUUUUUUUUUUCUCUUCAUUCUUGCUUCUAGUAGAGACUGGGUCGGGGACACCAGGUGAGUAUGAUAGAAAAACCAGCGGCACCUUUGGGGUUAAAAACUGGAGUUGAGAACCACUGGCAUACAUAGUAGGUGCAGGAUUCUUUAUAAAAGGUUGUGCAAUUGAUUUGUCCAGGAGAAGUGCAUAUAAAGAUUGUGUGUACUUAAUGCUGUACUUGGAAGGUAAUGUAUUCAGUGUUGUAAAUUCUAUUGGCACACAAAAAACUAGCUUCCGUACAAGCAAGCGCGUGUGUCUGUGUGCAGUCUAAACGAGUGCGCUACUGUACACUGAGAUCAGGGAAGAACACAAGUCUUUGACAUUAAAGCCAGUGUGGCAACAACGGUGGUUAGAAAAGAAAUGCAUAUGCCUCAUCUGCUUUUUUAUACAGUCCUCCUCCACUAGAUCUAACCACUAUUUUUGACUUAAGCAAAAAUAAGAGUCUGACCUAUUUGACCCGUUUGAUUUCUGGGCUAUAAUGUCUAACAUGAACCCAUAUGAUUGAUAGGUGUCUGAUGCGUUUUUGCUGCAUUUUCUGCAGUAGUGAUGAACGUCGCAUAAAAGAUCUCAAUUGUUCCAACAUCCCUCCUUUGUGUACGUACAGUUGUUGAACUGUACCUUGCAAGUGCCCGUAAUGGGCUCAGGACAACAAGAAAUGCAACAUCUUCCUUUUGGAUGUUGAAACCUUGUUUGACAACAUCCUGAAAGUCCUACUCAUUGUUCAGCAGGUUUGUAUACUUACAGUAGAAAUGAUCAUUAUAGUAAGCUUCACAUGCAAUGCAAAGCUACAGCGUCUGAUGAUAAAAUCAGAUCCCUAAAAAUAAUAUUUAGUGGCCGAAUGGCCGUGAAUCUUUUAGCCAUGUACAGUUCCAUUUAAAUAAACAGAAACAUGCAAUUUAUAGUGAAAGAUAAUAAAGCCAGCAAAUGUCCCCAUUACAAUUAUUUGUGCAGCUUACAGUGUUUUGAAAUUUGUAAAGACUUGAAACUAGCUUUUUCAUAAAUUUUCCUUUUUAGGAUUUAAGGGUAUUUUAUUUACAUUGUGACACUGUUGUGGGUUUGGUCUUGAAAUGAAGCUUUCCAUUCAGGAUAUUAUAAAUACUAAUUGUUUUUUUUAUGUAAGCAGUUGUGUGUUUUCGGAAGCUGAUUGUCAUUUUAGGGAUCAAUUUACAUGGCUCUAUAGAUUUAGCGGCACGGUGAGGCUACAGAGGGCUACCUCAGGAGGCAGAGUGAGCAAGACGGCCAAAUAACUGUGGAGACAAAUGUAAUUCUUGAUCUUUUGAUUUGUCAAAUCUGAAUAUUGGAUUUAUUGAAUGUCUUGCAGUUGCGCAAACCCCUGAGGUCAUUUUCUUCUUUGUUUUCCUAACUUUAAGGAUUUAUAUGGCUCAUUAAUCAUGCUUUAAAAGAUGCCCCAUGGUACAAAGUGUGUCUGUAGGCAUUUACGCGAUCCAAACUCAAAACACAGCUCAACUUGAACCACACAGAUGUUAUAUUAGCAACAGCUAGCACUGCGGCGCACCGACUGAUAAUAGCUAAAUCUGAGACCCUGAUAUACUUGUUUUGUUUUCAUAGGUUACAGCUGACGUAUUCCUAUCAUAUAAAAAGGUUUUUUGGUCUCUUGAUUUGUUUACUAAUCUAAUUUCUCAAAUAGUAUGAUACAUAUAAAUUUGACGCCUGGGCCGAAAGAGAGCUGUCUGAGUCAACAUUUACACAAAGGUAGAUUUUUCACAAGCAUAAAAACACGUUUUAGGUACAGUAGGCUAGAUUGAAGGCAGGGUCAUUUGCAGUGUUGCUAUUAAAAUAUAGUCAUUUGCAGUUUUAUUAAAUACAUGCACAUUAAUAUAAAUGAGCAAUACAAUAAAUUACCAAACCUCACACAUUUCCUUGUAUAGCCAGUGUACAUUAAACAUUGCCAGUUAUAAUGAAGAAUAGCUACUAAACGUUAUAUUAUUUAGAAGUUCAAAUCAAUGUUUGUAUUUUGAAAGACUAUUUAAAUGAUUAAAUUCUAUUUUUUACUCAAUUUACUGUUGUUUGUUGACACUGCUUUAUUUUUGUGUGUGAUAUUGGCUGUAAAUUUCUGUGUUUAGGCUUAUUUUUUUUGUUUCAUUUAGAUAAAACAGUUUGAUGUCCUUGUCUAAACAUGUCCACAUAAAAAUCACUGUGAAAAAAGUGAGAUCUUCCACUGUCUAACGCAACAGGGAGUGGAUUAUUGUAGGUGCUUUGUGUUGUGUAAUAAAUGGACACACCACCACCACAUA